CUCCACCAUACAGGCACCGGACAGUCCACAGUGCCACCUUCCAGCCAGACUGACGUCAAGGCGAAGAGUCAUCCAUGCCUUAUGCCUUGAUGGUUUCAUUAUUCACGUGGCAUUUGCAGGUAAAGCUGCAGCCUGCGACGACGCCGUGCGCCGUGUCGCAUUCAAUUCUUUCUCCUCGGACACAACCAAGUUGCUAGAUUUUCGGCCACCACCAUAUCAGCAGGCAAGUAUCUAUACAGCAUGGAUCAGACCUACAAACCCACGCCAUCGGCGCCCGUCAUACGCCUGAUGGUCCUCGAGACCGACAAGCCUCACCCAGACACAUACUCGGAGCGCGGCUCCUUUGGCCGGAUUGUCCACGCGCACUUUGCCCAAGCUGGACGCGCCCAUCAUCCGCCUCUGAGCGUGGAGACGGACCAAGUCUUUGUCGUGUCCGAACAAGGCGGCCGCGUCCCAACCGUGCAAGAACUCGACAGCUUUGACGGGCUGCUCAUCACGGGCAGCAUGUACGAUGCGCACGCGAACAACCAAUGGAUCCUGGAGCUGCUGGAGCUCCUCAAGGCUCUCUGGAUCAGACGCCCAGACUUCCACUUCGUGGGCGUCUGCUUCGGCCACCAGCUCCUCGCCCGCCUCCUCGGCGGCUCUGUUGGGCCCGCGCCUUCGCAAGACUGGGAACUAGGUCACUGCCGCAUCACGCUCACGCCCGUCGGCCGGCGCCUCUUCGGCACGCGCGAGGACCACGUCCACCUGCACCAGAUGCACCAGGACCAGGUUGUCACGCUGCCCACUGCUGCGUCUGCAGGGCCCGACCUACUCUCCCCGGACACCGAGGUAGCGUGCUGGGGCCGCAGUGAGCAUACACCUGUUCAGGGACUGUACAUCCAGGACCGGCUGUUUACUACCCAAGCGCAUUUGGCGUUUGACGAGGACAUGGUGAAACGACAGAUCCAGAUAAGGGUGGAUCGUGGCGGGAUCAAGGACCUUGAGCAUGCGGAUCGGGCGGCCGAGACGGCACAUCUGGAGCACGACGGCGUUGAGGUUGCCAAGGCAAUACUGCGGUUGUUUCUGUGCGACGAGGAUGAAGUGUCUUAGGGUUAAGGAGGUAGAUUGACGGUGCCCAUGACUGUAUAGAUGAACAAGAGAGCCGAAAUUGCGGGACACAGGUAACAGCAUGGAACUUGACUAGUAUCAUGCAUCAUGGAAGCAAGCAUAUGCAAAAAAGAAGGGGAAAAAAAGGACUGUUACACUGUACACGGCUGCACCCAGUCUCCAUCUAUAUAUGGCCAUUCAACCCACUUAUUUCAAUGCCGAACUGUAUACUCCGUAUACCAAACACCAACACUAAUGCCAGCUUAUGGAUCCCCUAACCGGCAGGGGGUGGGCAGAUCAUAGAUGCAUAUCGAUAUACGGCUGUCCUAAGCCCAGUACGGAGUAGAAUAAACGAGA